ACAUUUUGGGGGCGUUCCCUCCACAGGCACAGUUACAGCAGACCAUGUGGGUUCCUAAGAAGAGCUGUAUUAAAUGUCGCUGAAAGGAGGUAGCAGCGAUCAGAAGUCUUUCCAGCUGGCAUACAGAUCUCUUGAGGGAUAUGCUAAUUUGCUAGGCCGAAAAGUUGAGAAGCAGACGUCUGUUCAUUUGGCUGAGUACAAGUUCCGUACAUGCAUCUUCAACAAUGCCUACAAGAGGUUUGAAGGGCGUUUCUAUGACAGCAUGCCCUGUAGGCUGGUGGAGAGCCUGAAAACUGGAGCCGUCAUGUGCCCAAUUGAGCAGGUUGCCUUCUUCUAUUGCAAUGGGUCAGACCCCACCCUCAUCCUGGUGAUAGAGCUCACCGCACUAUUCCACUCAGAUUCUGUCAAGCAUCAGAUCUGUCUCGGUUGGUCGAUGUUCCCGCUGUUUGAUCGCCGUGUCAACGUGACAAGAGGAGGGAAAUCCCCCUCACAUAACACAGUUCGUUUGGCUCUAUACGAGGGCAGUCCGAGAGCUUUGUUCUCCCUGACACACCCAACAGGAGAAGAUAAGAAAGAGUUGGUCCCCAUCCCCGGGUGUAUCCUGACAUGCUCCCUGUGUCCCCACCCCACCCUCCUCAAGGCCACAUCCUUUAUACCACCCAAUACUCUAAUCUCGUUGGACGACCACGUGCCGGGCCUCGCACACACCAAUGUACUCGAAGCGUUUCCCAAACUUCUCAAGACCAGCUCUGGAACCUUCGAGAAGGUGUCUUUGCUGCUUCUACCCUCUGUGGAGGACUUCGAGGAACUCCUCCUCUCAGCUAUAUCAGAGGAUCUGGCCUCAGGGGGCAUUGACUCGGAUGCCACAAGAGUUGCAAUUGAGGAGAGGCGAUUAAAGGUGAUGCCCUACAAUGGGUGGCGUUAUAACAGCUCUGCUGCCAUUGGUUACCUAGAGAGAGGCUCACCAACUACCGGGAAAGUGUCUAGCUCUCUACGAGGCUCUACAUUUGGCGUGCGGGACAGCCUUGUCUUGAAGGGCUCUUUGGAGGUAUCGGACCUGAUUGUCCAUGCUGAUACGGAGGUGGUCUUUCAAUUGGAGUACGUUGUCAGUUGGAGCAGAGCGGCCAUUUUCCAGACCCCUACACGUGACACUCUCUCAAGAAGGGCCACUUCUAAGACAACUGACAAACCUUCGACCACCCACUCCACCACCCUCACACUUGCGUGGGCGGUGUGGAACCCUGAGGCUGAACAGAACACGUCCGUCUCUCUGGAACUAAAGAGAGGGUGUGGUUUCAAGCCCACCCUCAUUCCUUCUUCUGCUCACAGCGUUUGUUAUCAGGGCAAUCUGAGUGAUGCUGGGAAGCUGACGUUCAAGUUCACCCCCUCGAGGUCAUCCAGCAGAAUGGAGGGUAGUCAGACCUUGACCACAACCAGUGGAGUGCAGUUUGAGGACAUGAAAUCACCCAGGCACAUGCCCAAUGGAGGGAGAGACCUAGCAGACUCAGGCCGUCCUCCCUCCACUCCCCCUCAUGUCCGUAGCUCUCCUGUUCCCAUAGUUACAACACCGACACGUACUAGUUCAAAGCCACUCCACUCUGUUGAGAUAUUGGGCACAGCUGAACCACACGUAACCACACCCCCUCAUCAUAUCAGGUAUUCACACGUAACCACACCCCCUCAUCAUAUCAGGUAUCCACACGUAACCACACCCCCUCAUCAUAUCAGUGCAGGUCAUGUGCCCCGUUCUGUUCUGGCCUACUUUCACAAUGCUGGGAUAGAGGAGUUCAAAGACAAGAAGGGGAAUUCCCUGCCCACGAUUACCCCUCACAGUGCCGCCAAGGCGACCAUAGACCCCAGCGUAGAUGUGCUCUCUGAUAGUCCUCUGGUCCUUGCAGUGCAGAUACUGGGACACACACUCUCUGACGACCAGCCCUCCCCCCAACACUCUGUCUCCCUCACCCUCCACUGUCCCCUGUUCUCCACCGUCGUAGUCCACUGCUCCUGUGCCCCACCCCCAUCUGGAAGCUCCACCCAGUUGCCCCACCUACUCUCACCUCUUGACAGUGACGGCACACAUGCAGGAAUUACACACUGCUACCAUGCCAACCACACCACACUGCCCUCCAAGACUGACCAUUCCGACUUCUCCUCUCUCCUCUCUUCGGGCUGCCUCAUUAUCGACCUCUACGACAGGGACUCCCUCUUCCUGUUGGGAACAGCCCGCCUCCCUCUAAGAACUCUCCUGAGUUCUCCUGACAACCCUUCCCCCUCGUACUGCCAGUCACACCUCUCUCUGCCCCUCCGUCUCUCCGCCCACACCACAGACACAUCCCUCACAACCCUCACACCCUCACACACCACCCCCUCAUCCUCACAGACCGGCACACUCUACGUUAGGAUCGCUCGACUGCCCCCGGAACUAGAUCGCAUUGCUAAAAUGGAGAAUUUAAACAAAGGAACUAAGAGAAUGUGUACCAUAGCUCGUCGACUAUACAGUAACCACACCCACUUGAAGGAGGAGCAACAGUGUCACGACGAAGAUGAGCAGACGAGAAAAAGGAAGUUUGAUAGAAUGCAGAGAGUGCGAGAAAUGAAAGCAAUGGAAAAUGAAAACAAGUCCUUCAUGGUCGAGUCUAACAAGCCGUUUCCAAGCAACCAAUCAGACGUUAUUGACCUACAACGAGAGGAGCUGAAGAGAGAGAGGAUAUCUGCCGUCCUACAAGAGUCCGUCACCACUAGUUACCGUCUCAGAGUCAGGAUGGGGAGGGUGGUCUAUUUCGAACACCCGUUCACCAAUUCCCAAACGAACCCUGUCACUGUCAGUGUGGCCUGGAAUGACCCUGAGCUAAAGUUGGUGGUUGACAGACAAGAAGUUAAUUGCCUGAGACAGCACUUCUCAAUCCACACCAUUAUGGACGACAAUCUACUGAGCGAGGGCCUGGUGGCAGGUCAGUACGAGUUCUUCGUACAUCCCGGAGAGACAGUUCACCUGCCAUUCAAGUACCUGACCUUUAGAUCUUGCCCUCAGACCACCCCCUGUGAUAGUGGUGAUGUGGGAGGGGAGACUAACGGAGAGCAGUAUGCUUCAAGGAGGAAAUCCAUUAAGGUGUACCUACAAGCCGCCCACCAGGAGGUACUGGCUAUCCUCAACGUGCAGGUGGAGCCCCUCCCCCCUCGACUGGAUCAGCUGCUCCAUUUCUACCACUCGGAGAAGAGCUUUUUGAAGAAACAGCUGUCUCUGUCACUGUCUGGCGGAGAUGUGUUUGUGUGUUGUAGUGAGCCUGAGGCAGUUUGUGAAGUCAAGCACUCGAGCAACUCUGGUAGUGUGUUCAUCAAAGUGCCCGUCCAAUCAUCACCGGCUUUGAGCACUCUCUACAUCAUAAUCUACUAUGAUCAGAAAUACCUCAUCUCUCCCAGUCAAGUGUGGAAGCUCUGUAUACACUCAGUACAAAGGGUGGACCACUCGCUGCAAGUAGGGCAGUCCUCUCAGGUAAAGCUGAUGCUGAGAGGUGACCACACUGACAGGAGAGUGGCCUGCUACUCGUGCAACCAACAUGCUGUCAGGAUACUGACCCCCACCCCGUUCCUCUUGAGUUCUCAAUCGCUAACAGAGUUCCCCGUCACCCUACACACGCUCUUCCCCGGUACCUCCACCCUCCUCGUGUCAGCUGUGGACGUGGACAACAAGAUGGCCAUCGGUCAAUGGUUGGUAGUGUCCGAGUCCCAUCUCCCCUCGAUUAGUAGGGGCUUCCAGAUAUCACUGCCAACUGGAGGGGGAGAGCUGAUGAGAAAGACCAUUUCCUUCACAAACCCCUACCCCAAGAAGAAGAGCUUCCACCUCUCCACCAACAGACCAGACGUGGUACAAUUUGACAGCAUUCUCAUCAAGUUGCAUGCUCAAGAAACGGUGGUGCUCAAUCUGAACUUCUCCCCGCAUCAUUCCCGGGCCACUGUUGAUGUGUACAUCUUCAUCAACGACAACAAAGACCUCACAGAAGAGUGCUUCCUCGUCAAAACUAUCUACUCCUAGUAUACCAUUAUCAAUUAUAAUUAUUUACAUACGUAUAUUUAUAGCUGGCAUCCUCAUCACUUUAUAAUUACUAGAAUAAGUUGAUAAUUAGAUUGUUAUAAUGUGAAAUGAAAAAUAAACUCUUAUUGAAACUGAAGGUCAGCUAUGAACAUG